AUGGCCGAGGAGGCCAAGAACACAGGGGCGGAAGCGGUACCGACCAACGACAUCGCCGAGGAGAAGACGGCCGCGCCGGCGCCGGAGUCUCCAAUCCUUGGGUCUGAAAUCUCCGUGUGGCGCAGGGCGGCCAGGAGGCUGGCGAGCGUCACCUCCUGGGAGAACUCCAAGGUCGCGGAGAUGGAGGCCGAGCUCAAGAAGAUCCACGAGCAGCUGGAGAUGAAGAAGGCGGCGCAAGCGGAGAAGCUGAAGAACAGCGCGGCGGCGUUUCACAGGGCCGCCGAGGAGAAGCGCGCGGCUGCCGUGGCGCGGCGCGGCGAGGAGGUCAUCGCCGCGGAGGAGGCGGCCGCCAGGUACCGCGCCAGGGGGCAGGCGCCCACCAGGCUCUUCGGCCUCGGGCUCUUCGGCAGGGGGUAG